GCUCCUGCUGGAGAGUCAGAACAGCUUCCUUGCACAGCUGCCUCUCUCGUAUUUCUUCUGAAGGCUUCAUUCAGAAACAUAUUUUUUUACUGAAAGCAUGGGCAGAUAGUUACAAGCCCACCUUCUUCUUCGUCAAAGCUAACCUGUGGAUACUGAAGAAUGGAAAUAAUUGAUGCUAGUAGCCUCCUUGGGAAUGGUACCAACAUUACUGAUUUCCUCUGCGAUAUCAUCUUGGAAAAUGACACUUUUUUCUGUGUGGUUGAUGCACCUUAUCCUUCUAAAGAUUUGCAUCAGAUAGUACGGAUUCUGCUCUAUUGCUUGAUAUUUCUGCUCAGCAUUUUGGGGAACAUCCUGGUGAUUACGGUGCUGAUAAGAAACAAGCGGAUGAGAACAGUCACCAACACAUUUCUGCUGUCACUAGCUGUCAGUGACCUGAUGCUCUGCCUUUUCUGCAUGCCUUUCACCCUCAUUCCCAACCUGCUAAAAGAUUUUAUUUUUGGAAGUGCUGUUUGCAAAACUGCCACAUAUUUCAUGGGUGUCUCUGUAAGCGUCUCUACAUUCAACCUGGUUGCCAUAUCUUUGGAGAGAUACAGUGCCAUUUGCAAACCGCUGCAGUCCAGGGUCUGGCAGACAAAAUCUCAUGCCCUGAGAGUGAUUGCUGCAACCUGGUGUGUCUCCUUUACUAUCAUGUCACCAUACCCAAUCUACAGCAAACUGGUACCUUUCACCAAGUACAACAACACCACAGCACAUAUGUGUCGGCUCCUUUGGCCAAGCGAUGUCAUUCAACAGUCUUGGUACACUUUUCUGCUGCUCACACUUUUUCUUAUUCCUGGGAUUAUAAUGAUGGUUGCAUACGGUCUAAUUUCUUUAGAACUCUACAGAGGAAUAAAAUUUGAUGCCAGACAGAGAAAAUCUUCAAGAGAAAGAAGAACAAGUACCUGCAGUGCCAAAUACGAGGAUGGAGAUGGAUGUUACCUCAACAAAACCAAAAGAAUAAGGAAAAUGCCGUUGCAACAGCUCUCUGCUCUGAGCCACAACAAGAUAGAGAGAGUGAGAAGCAAUAGCUCUUCUGCCAACUUAAUGGCCAAGAAGCUUGUCAUCCGUAUGCUGAUGGUGAUAGUGGUUUUGUUUUUCAUUUGCUGGACUCCCAUCUUCAGUGUCAAUGCCUGGCGAGCCUUCGACACGGCUUCUGCUGACCGGCGUCUCUCGGGGGCUCCCAUCUCCUUCAUCCACUUGCUGUCCUACACUUCUGCCUGCGUGAACCCCAUCAUUUACUGCUUCAUGAACAAGCGUUUCCGCAUGGCCUUCCUAGCCACGUUCACCUGCUGCGCCAAGCAAAAGCCCCCCACAAUACGGGGAGACGCUGGUGAUGAAGAGGAGGGGAAAACUACAAGGGCUUCUCUCUCCAAAUCUUCUUACACACACAUGUCUGCACCUGCACCCCCCUGAACUGCACCAGGGGAGACAAUGAGUGGUGAAUUGUCUGGUCUUGGAAAGUGACUGGGGUCACUGAUGUCACAAAGCGACAUCAGCUGAACGCGAUUUAGUUCUGAGUUAAUUAAACGCCUCAGUUGACGGUAAACACAGCGAGAAUUUUAUGGGAAAUUGAUGUUAUCACUCUCUGAGUGUUACAUCACUUCUCCUUCAAAAGUACAAAGGAGGAAGAGAGCUCUGAAGAUAAAGGACUUUAUGAAAAACCUUAGAAGUUUCUCAGUUUGCAUAAAUUCCACUGCAAAAAUUGGUGUCCUCUACAUCAACAGCUUUGCUCAGUUUUCAAUGCCGUUCUGAGUAUCUCUUAAAAUUUCAAAGAUGCAAAUAGAUUCUCCUCAAACAUGAAUAUAUGUAAUGCAGCCUUCACUUCCCUAGCUAUGCCUCAUAAGCAAAAUCUUCCUGUUGUAUUUGUAGUAUCUUUUAGCAUUAUUUUAGCUGAGCUAAUACGUGUUGAGAUCAUUUUGGUGUCACUCU